UACCGUUUUGUAUUACACUGCACGAGAAAUAUUAUCGUAAACGCCGGCGAAGAAGCCUGGUGAAGCAGUGUCGGACCUGGUGAAGCAGUGUCGGACCUGGUGAAGCAGUGUUGGACCUGGUGAAGCAGUGUCGGACCUGGUGAAGCAGUGUCGGACCUGGUGAAGCAGUGUCGGACCUGGUGAAGCAGUGAUGGACCUGGUGAAGCAGUGUCGGACUUGGUGAAGCAGUGUCGGACCUGGUGAAGCACUGUCGGACUUGAUGACACCUCGUGUACACUGUUGAGGUGGACAGUGUCUCUAGAAGCUGGUGACGUGUGGGUGCCAUUCCAAGACACUGACAAACUCAUGCUUGAGGCGUCUUGUACCCAGCAAGAAAAUGAUCAGAAUUUGGACGUAACUUUAUGUCAAUAUUCGUAGUGGUUUAAUAAAAGCGACCGAAAAGAAUAAACCAAAUUCCGGGCCAAAAAGUUACGCGAGUUACGGUUUAAUGUUUACACUUGUGUAGAAAACGGCGAACGAAAUAUGCGCUUCGAGGCCGCACAUAGCUGAACAAAUUGUGUAUUUUGAAUCUCAAUAUAUCUCGAGAAUCAAUAUGUAUAUUUGGAACUUGCAUAUUGUUUAAUAUUUAGUGUAUUGGAGACAAUUCCUCGGUACUUAAUCCUUCAAAAAGGAAGAGUCUGAGUUAGAAGAAUCUGGAUAAUUGGGCGACUGCUCAUUACAAGGUGUUAAUUACCUUCCCAAAACGGCCUCAGUCUCUUGUGAGGAAGAGCCAUGGAGGAGGUGAACGACACCUGGACGACCUUGACGACGACAGGCAUGAGCACCACGACCCCGACGACCCAGGGGGCGCUCCUCCCUACCUUCCCCCCAGGGGACGCCAGCACCCCAACGGUGCCUCCUCCGGGAGCCAACCUCACCUCCGGCAGUGAGAGCGGCGGGGGCCAGGAGCUGCCGCACAACCUGACGAUGAUAGUGGUGAUGACAGUGAUCUACAUCCUCAUCACCAUCACCGGCGUCUUGGGCAACGUCGCCACCUGCAUCGUCAUCGUCAGGAACCGCAUCAUGCACACCGCCACCAACUACUACCUCUUCAGCAUGGCCGUCAGCGACCUAUUACUGCUGGCACUAGGCAUGCCAGACGAGUUCUACCUGCUGUGGUGGGGCGAACCUUACAUCUUCGGCUCCGUCUUCUGCUUCAUCCGGGGCUUCACGGCUGAGAUCUCCACCAACGCCUCUAUCCUCACUAUAGCGGCCUUCACAGUGGAGCGAUAUAUAGGUAUAUGCCACCCGCUGCGCUCCCACACUAUGUCGCAGCUGGGCCGCGUCAUCCGCUCCAUAGCCAUCAUAUGGAUAGUCGCCACAGUUUGCGCUGUGCCCAUAGCCAUGCAGUACGGCAUAGUCUACCAGAAGACGCCGGAUGGUCAGGAUAUCCCCAAUACAUCCGGCUGCUACCUCAAGAAGCGAAUCUGGGUGUUCUUCGAAGUCUCCACCGUGCUGUUCUUCGUGGCGCCGAUGCUCUUGAUCACUGUGCUGUACGUGUGCAUCGCUGUGCAGCUCAAGAAGUCUUCGCGGCUGGCUCGCUCAGUCCCCUCCAUCGGCUGUCAUAACUGCGCCUCCACUAACGACGGCUCCAGGAACAAGGCCGUUAUCAAGAUGCUCGUGGCGGUGGUGAUAGCAUUCUUCGUGUGCUUCGCGCCGCACCAGGCCCAGCGGCUGAUGGCCCUCCACGCCGACCCGACCAACCCGGUGGCCGUGCAGCUCUUCAACGUCCUCUUCAACAUCUCGGGCGUGUCCUACUACAUCUCCACCUGCGUCAACCCCAUCCUCUACCACAUCAUGAGCAACCGCUUCAGAGAGGCGCUCCAGGCCACCUUGGAGAGCUGUUAUGGCGGGAGAGGCAGCUCAAGCGGAGGUAGGUGGCGCGCACGCUCCCAGUCCUCCCGCUCUCAACACACUCUUGAACUUACAGAACACUCCCUCAUCACAGACUCCACUACCAACCUCACCACCUCCACCGGCGCCUCCAGCGACGCCUCCAGGUCCGACCACAAGACGCACCUCAAACAAGCGCUGAAUGGCGCGCGCAAGGACGCCGGGAAGGGCAAGAUGGCGUCGCGCAAGACCAGGAACGGAUCUUAUAAGUUCAGACCGCUCUUUAAGCCCAAGCUGCGUCGCGCUGAGAUCGUAGAGAGCCCAGUUGACAUGACUGUGUCCAUUGCGGCGUCUCCCGCGGGUCGUAAGAGGAGCCAGUCAGACAGUCUGCUGAGUGGUGGAUCCAUCAGUAACUGUUCCAUGAAGCACGUUGAAGAGGAGUUUACGAGGAAGGAGCUGUCAGAGGUGAUGGGACGCAUGAACACCAUGGAGGUAUAGACCAGCGUCCUCUCACCAUGAUGAUGCACGCCUGAAAAAGUCUAUUUCUGACGUCAAGAGUCUUCAAUAUAUAUUCCAACUGAUGAUGAUCUUUUAAGGUCAAUGUGGGAGACGAUUAUUAUUUUCAAGUACCUACGGGCUCACCAUAGACCGUGCUACUUGGAACUGUGUGUUCCAAGUAGCGAAUCUUUAACAACAACAACAACAGUUUAUUAUUACAUGCACAAAAGUUGUGUGAUGAAAGUAUCUUCUGUGUCUGUCGCCAUAGGUAUAGUUCCAUCAGCUUGGAAACCAUAUUUACAUCCUGAGAGGGACUCGGGAGUUAGCUUAGUAGUAGUAGUAGGCAUCCAUCAGUCUCAGGAGACUAUGGAGUUGCUCUCUGGUUGUCGGUCUGGAGUGGCCUCUCCACGGCACAAAGCCAGGGUAGGGUCAUAUGGGGGAGAAGCUGUUACCCAUGCAGCAGGUUCCCCCUCUCCACGGUGCCGAAAGUAAAGUUUAAAGCCUCGGUAAUUUUGCAAAAUAACAAUUGUUCACUUAGUAAUAUAUAUGGCUUAGUGUUUUCUCCUGAUAACUACCGUCUACCUUAGUCUUGAGUGUAGUUACGUAGUCUCAAGAUCCUCUCAGACGCCAGGUUGUCAGAGUUAACAAUGGUUCAGUCGGUGCUUGCCUCAGUGCCGAAAACUAACAGCAAUAGUGUAGGUAGUCAAUGUGGAACAGCAAGACCUGCCAGACAGCCAGCUCUCAGUCCUAUAUCACCGAGUGUCAACUAUAAUCAUUUUAUAUCAUUUAAUUAAUUAAUAAUGGCUCAUUAUGCCGGGAGGACAGGUGGUCAGGGUAUGUAUACAUGGCUUAUUAUGUAUACAGGGUACAUAUACAUGCCUUAGUAUGUAUACAGGGUAUAUAUACUUGUUAGACUUAUAGCAAGGCCCCCCUCCCCACGAAGGUCGAACUACUGAUUCCGUAAUACAAGCUGACUAACUCCUGGGUACCUAUUUAUUACUGGGUGAACAGCAGCAUUAGGUGAUAGGACACGCGGCCACCCAUUCCAUUUCCGUCCCGGCCUGUUCUAUCCUGACCCUUUAUCAUCCGUGAGGUUGGUAACCCCACAAGGAUAGGGGAGGAUAACAGACAGUCGACUUGAGAAUGGUCCAGGACGGACCGAAACGUCGUCGUCCCUUCACCUUCUAGUGUGUGGUCUGGUCAACAUACUUCAGCCACGUUAUUGUGACUCCUCGCCUGCAUAGUGGAGGAUAACCCCACAAGGAGAGAGGAGGAUAACCCCACAAGGAGAGAGGAGGAUAACCCCACAAGGAGAGGGUAGGAUAACCCCACAAGGAGAGAGGAGGAUAACCCCACAAGGAGAGGGUAGGAUAACCCCACAAGGAGAGGGUAGGAUAACCCCACAAGGAGAGAGGAGGAUAACCCCACAAGGAGAGAGGAGGAUAACCCCACAAGGAGAGGGUAGGAUAACCCCACAAGGAGAGGGGAGGAUAACCCCACAAGGAGAGAGGAGGAUAACCCCACAAGGAGAGGGUAGGAUAACCCCACAAGGAGAGGGGAGGAUAACCCCACAAGGAGAGGGGAGGAUAACCCCACAAGGAGAGGGGAGGAUAACCCCACAAGGAGAGGGUAGGAUAACCCCACAAGGAGAGGGGAGGAUAACCCCACAAGGAGAGGGGAGGAUAACCCCACAAGGAGAGAGGAGGAUAACUCCACAAGGAGAGGGGAGGAUAACCCCACAAGGAGAGGGGAGGAUAACCCCACAAGGAGAGGAGGAUAACCCCACAAGGAGAGGGGAGGAUAAUCCCACAAGGAGAGGGUAGGAUAACCCCACAAGGAGAGGGUAGGAUAACCCCACAAGGAGAGGGGAGGAUAACCCCACAAGGAGAGGGGAGGAUAACCCCACAAGGAGAGGGGAAGAUAACCCCACAAGGAGAGGGGAGGAUAACCCCACAAGGAGAGGGGAGGAUAACCCCACAAGGAGAGGAGGAUAACCCCACAAGGAGAGGGGAGGAUAACCCCACAAGGAGAGGGGAGGAUAACCCCACAAGGAGAGGGGAGGAUAACCCCACAAGGAGAGGGGAGGAUAACCCCACAAGGAGAGGGGAGGAUAACCCCACAAGGAGAGGAGGAUAACCCCACAAGGAGAGGGGAGGAUAACCCCACAAGGAGAGGGGAGGAUAACCCCACAAGGAGAGGGGAGGAUAACCCCACAAGGAGAGGGGAGGAUAACCCCACAAGGAGAGGGGAGGAUAACCCCACAAGGACUCAUGGUAUAGUGUGUGGACACAGGGUGGAGGAGUGAGACAUGAUCCUAACCUCACCCUAAGUGCAUCUUAGGGUACAAUUCCUCCGUCACUUUACGCUGGGGGACUAGAUCCUCUCUUUUCAUUAACAUAUUAAUACAAAACUUGUAUGUGCAUAUGAUAGUAUGAUAAAAUUAUGCUAGUAUAUAAUCCUAUAUUCUGUAUACAAUAUUUUCACGAUUAUAUCAAUCUAUCUACGAUAGAUAAAUAUGCCAGUAUAUGGCGCCACUUGUGGCCCCGGGGAGUAUAUUGUGGUGUUUAGGUCUGUACAUUGUAGUCAAUAUCUUGUGUUAUCUUCAAGCUCCGUGUUUCCCCUUUAGGGGUGAAAGAUAGUUAUUCUACGAGGAGUAGUUCUCUUUAACUUUCCUGUAGCUGUACUGUGUUUAACUUGAAGCAUGCAAGAACUCGCCCCCUCCAUGCCCAACCACUUGGACUGGACGGUAGAGCGACGGUCUCGCUUCAUGCUGGUCGGCGUUCAAUCCCUGACCGUCCAAGUGGUUGGGGCACCAUUUCUUCCCCCCGUCCCAUCCCAGAUCCUUAUCCUGACCCCUUCCAAGUGCUAUAUAGCCAUAAUGGCUUGGCGCUUUCCCUUGAUAAUUCCUUCCUUCGCCCCCUCCAUUAAGGGGCAACUUGUCCCCUCCAUUAAGGGGGGAAGGGGCGAGUUCUUAAAUACAUUUUCUCUUAAAGAUACAGAUGUCAAAACCAAUAAAUAAUAUAUAAGAGUCGAGUCAUAAUGGUUGUGUUAGUUAUCGUGGGGGUCACUUUCUCAUCAUGUAACGUGGCACUCUUCUCCUUCAUGCCAAUCUUGACCGCCCAGUGUUGGACACAGACCAACAGUAAUUACUGGGACAAAUUGGGUGAUGUGUCUGGUCUUCAACCUUGGACAGACAGACAGACGGAUAUUCGAUAUGAGCGGUAACCUUAACAGUCAAGGUAAUCUGUCACUCGCUCUGUUGUAACAUCUACCAUUGCAAGUCGAGGUGAAUGAUGCAACAUUGACAUAACAGAGCUGCCUCUGUUUAUCUUUUGAUUAUCUUUCUUAUCUUUAUCUUUAAAUCCUCUCUACCAUCCCAGCUCUCAUUCCUAACAUGACUUUCCUCUUAGUUUAUAACUCUUGAGUAUACUUGAGAAGAAUAUAUUUAUAUUAUACCCGAGUAUAAUACCAAUACAGCAAGAUAUACGUUUAUUUCCGGUGAAGAUGGUUCUAAAUCCCUUCCAGGGCUCUUCUCAGAUCCGCUGAGGACUUCAGGACUAUACAGAACUCUAAAUCGCCUUAAGGACUCUGGAAAUCCUCCUCAGGUUGUUUCCAGUGCCAGUCAACUUCCUCCAUUGUGGAGGCUGGCGGGUCUUCCUCCUUCCAAGACAAUCAUGCAAUUUAAAUACAUGAUUAGUUCUUUCAUGGGAUUCAUGUUUGUCAUGUUUGGUUCGAACUGAGUCGGGUGUG